CGAUAGACUUUAGUACAGUCGAAGUGACGCCGCGGCAUAUUAACGUGAAUUGAGCUUCAACAAAUUGUUGUUGCUCGCCGAGUAAUUGAAGAACAGAAAAGAAAAGAAAAAAAUAAAAUAGAGAACAACACUGCAUGCAAAAUUACUUCAAUAUUGAUUUGCCUAAUAUUAAUUGUGCUAGUGAAUGCAAGUUGUUUAGUUUCGCAAAAAAAUAAACCUAUACUAGAAUUAAUAGCUAUCGAGAACCGCACACACAACACACACACAUUCACAGCUGCAUAGACUAAAAUGAACAAUCAACUAAACCCAGCCACCUACCGCAAAUUUAAUAAUUUGCUAAGCAGCGGCGCCGUCAGCGUCAGCGGUCCUGGCCAGCCUCGCAUAUUGAAAACGACGCGUUUGGCGACACCUGGCGGCGGCAGCUCCAAUAUCAGCGCCGCCUCCCAGCAGCAACAGCAGCAGCAGAACAUCAUGGAUUCGGAUGGGUCAACACGCUGCUACAUCUGUGACGAGACACUGCUGGCGAAUCAGACGCAGACAUCGCUUACGGAGAUGUGCACCACUCACACAUCGACCAAGUUUCCGAACAAGCUCGCCCAGCUGGUGGGCGAGGGGUUCAUGGUCAUCGUUUGCACCGAGGAUUUCGUUUGUUCGCGCUGCACCAAUCUGGUCAACUACUACGAUCGGCUCGAGAACGAUGUGGAACGCGUCAAAUCCAAUUUGCUCAAUUUGCUGAACAAAAAGUAUGGCAUCAACGAGGACAGCGGCGGCAGCAGCAGCAAUGCCGAAUCCGCCAGUCCCCCGCUCAAGAUGCAAAAGAUGACCAGCGGCGCCGGCAAUCGAUCACUGGACGAAGGUGCUAGCGGGGAUUUGUUGCGCACACGCAAACUGGUGCAGCAGACAACGCCAGCCUCGCAGCAGAUGAAACUGGGUGGUGGUCAGGGCGGCACCGUUGGCGGCACACAGACACAGGUGCAGCGCAAGGCGACGAAAAUCUACAAGUGCACCUCGUGCGAUUACAAGACCUCGGACAUGCGUCUGUUCAACACGCACUACGAGACCUGCAAGCAGCAGACGUUCCAGUGCAAGACCUGCCGCAAGAUCUUCCCCCACUUUGGUGCAAUGAAGCAGCACAUGGUGCGGGAUCAUAAUACCGCGAUGGACAACACUUGUGCCAUGUGCCACAUUAAUUUCGUGAACGAGGCCAGUUUGCGCAAGCACAUGGAAACGAAUCAUGCCACAAAUGUGCUUGUGACCAGCACAACAACAAUUCCCGCUGCCGCAGCACCGGUUACAGCUGCUGCUGCUGCUGCUGCCGCCGCCGCUGCGGCUGGCGUCACUGAAUCGAUUAGUGUGUCCGGCACGGCACUAUAUACGUGCAAUCACUGUCAGUUCAAGUCGACGGACAAGAGCAUCUUUGAUGAGCACAUGCGUAAGCAUCUCACCGGCAAACCGAAACCCUUCAAGUGCCGCCUCUGCUCGCAGCGCUUCGAGACCCGGGAGGCGGCCACUGUGCACGCCAAGCAGCAUCAGCAUCAGGCCAACUAUUUCAAGUGCGGGCAGUGCGCCAUGAGUUUCCCCAAGCGUGAACUGCUUGUGAAGCAUGCCGAACUCCAUCAGACCGAAAAGAUGUCGUCGGCUGGCGGUGGCAGCCAGAAUUUGAACACACAGAAAUUGCUCCAGGAGACGAUUGAUGAGGCGCUCAGCGAUAGUGUGCCCGCUCAGGGUGCCACAGUUGUGGCUGCGGCUGCUGCCGCCGAGGCUGAGAAUAAUAUACGCUUCUUCUCGUGCAGCAUCUGCUCACUGACGUUCAUCCAGGAGACGUACUACAAUCACCACAUGGAUACGCAUAGGCGUGACAAGAAGGGCGUUACCGCUGGCGGCGGCAGUGGAGGAGGCACCACAGUCCUCAAUUCCGCUGCCACAGCGCUGCUCAGCGAUGAACCCAGCGACUCGGCCGGCGGCGGUGUCAAGGAGGAGACCAACGAGCAGAAUGCCGAGGCCGACAUUGAGAGUCUGUUCGAAAAACUGCAUUCGGAGAAGAGCGACGGCGAGAAGAACAAGAAUGAAAUGGUCAUCACCUCGCAGGAGGGCAACGGCGGCAUUACCUUCAACAUAACCAUACCACAAGUGGAUGCCACUGGCGGCGAGCAAUCCGAUAAGAAUUCGCCCAACUCACAGGCACCAGUCUCCGUCAGCAUUGACAUGCCGGUGCUCGAUCAGGCCGAGGAGGAGGAGUCCCAAUCGCAGGGCAGCAACAAUGACAACAACAAGGCAACUGACAAAUCAAAUGCGGCACCUGUUUCCAUGCCGAGCCUGGAUGAUGACAAUGAGGCUGCUGCGGCAGCAAGUGCAUCCGAUACAACAGAUGGCAACGCCGCCAGCAGCAAGGAGAAGGCCAAUGCCAAGGCGGAGCAAGCAGCAGCUGCCAAGGAGGCCAAGGCCAAGGAGGACGAGGCCGAGGGUGAGGUUGAGAGGCAUGAGGCCACAGACACGCCCACAGCCGAGCAGCAAGCGGCCGAAUCGGAGGCAGCCGCCAAUGAAGCUGCCGAGGCUGAAGCAGCAGCAGCUGCCGCCGGCGAGGCCGAGGCCGUCGAGGGGGCAGGCGGUGAACAACAGGUGGCCAUGGAACUGGACGAGGCAAUGCAGGCUCAAGUCGAUGGCGGCCAGAUCAAGUUCAUCGUCAAUGAGAACGGCCAUUUGCUCCAGCUGGAUAACCACAUCUUGACCGAUGCCGAUGGCAAUCAGAUUAUCGUGCAGGAUCCGGAGCAAAUACAGCAGCUGCUGCAGAGCGUCGGUGUGCUGCAAUCGGGCGAGGGACUCGAGGGCGAAACACUGCAGAUGAUGACCGACGGCAGUGGCCAAAUGGUGCUCGUCCAUGGCGAUAACAAUGAGCAGCAGCUGAUCGAUGCUUCGCUGCUUAAUUCCGAGGGUCAAAUCAUCAUACAGCAGGGCCAGGAUGGCGAGGAGGGCCCUCAUGUCAUCAGUGAGGAUGGCACCCGUAUACCCGUCUCCGUAUCUUACACCGAAGAUGGCCAGCCCAUCGUGCAGGUGCAGCAGCAGGUGCUGGAGGCGGCCCAACAGCAGGGUGCCGAGGAGAAGGAGGCGGCUGCUGCCGCCGCCGAGGAGGCAGCCGAACAGCAUGCGGCACAAACAACCGAAUCGGUGACAGUUACCACGGCAGCCACCUCGGCGACCACCAACACGUCCGCCAGCAGUAGUACCGGCGGCACCGCCGGCUUCUUUGCCCUGGAGGAAUUCGCCGAGACGAAAACGGACUAGGACUGGCUGUAGGCGCGGAGCCGUGCACACUACAAAAUACCAGCAUACGAUAAGGAAUGGUUUUAAUAGAUGGAUGUAGACCAAACAGUCGCUACUCAGGCCACUGAUUCUGAACUCUCGGCGCAACAUCAAGAAGACAUUUAACACCCACAAAAACACACACACAUCAUACACAACAUACGCAUUUGAUACACACACACACACACACACCUACACAUACACAUACACACACCACAUUUAUACACUUAGCUUAUGUAUUAACACUCCAGUUGACGAACAUAACAGUUUUGUAAUCGAGAUCGAUCCACUUUCACAAUUGCUGCCAAAGAUCAAAUUUUGGCCAUCAUCUGAAAUUGCAAUUGUUUUUGGCAGUGUAUUCAUUGCCUUCACUUGGCAAUGUUUUUAGGCUUAGUUUUAGCAUAAAUACAACAUAAAACAAAACAAGAGUAAACUUAAAAUGUAAAAAAAGGAAACCAAUUCAUAUAAAUAUAAACACUAAAUAAAAUCGACAACAAAUAAAACAAAAAUCAAAAUCAAUCUUCUAGUGUAACAUCCAUCCUAAAGAGACCCGAUUCGAAGCCAACCAGCGUCUGUAAUUGAAAUCAACCCCUAUUUCUGUACUGAGCCCAAUCUGUACUCAGUACUCAGUACUCGAAAUGUUAUACAAGAUAAUGAAUAGCUGAACACUCAUCCGCUUAUCCGUAUAGUACACACACAUACACACACUCACACACACACACAGAUGAUUUGAAUUAUAUUGUAUGGCAUAUGUAACGAUAUGCAAAUGUGUGUGAAAAACGAUAACAAAAAGAAGAAAAGAAACAAAAAAAGUAAACUUAAACAAA